CUGGCCUGCCGCUUGCAGUUGCACCGCCUUUCGGCGGAAACUGUGUCUAAUUGUUUGGUAUCUUGUGAUUCUUUUCAUUCAUUAUCUUCAUAAUGGCACGUUGUGCAGCUUUCAAUAGCAGAUGUGGAAACAGAAAUUCAUCAAGAGUAAGUGUAAUAGCAUUUCACGGGUACUAACAUCCUGAAUGGGGUGAAAUAGCGUUGUUGACUGUAGCCGACAACAGGUUUUUAGAAGCUGUGAAGUCGCGGGCGUUUUGACAAGUAUGAAAAACGGAUCGGCUAAUUAUGGUUGCGGUCUACGACAUUAAGCCACAGGAAGAGAGAAGAAGCCGGUACUUCGCGCUGCCCUGUUCUUUUGCAAGCAUCGCAAUCGUCACAAAAAUCUUUCGAUUCAUAUCGACGAUCGAGUUCGUCUCAGACCGAGCCUUCAAAAGUGAAGGAAUCAGAGCUUCUCGAGAAUUUGGAAUUCUCAGUCUCUGAAGUGAGUGACGAGAUAUACUAAGAAAUGUGAUUUUUCGUUUUGUGCUGAUUUCGAGAACUGAGAAGACUUAAAAUUAAUUCAUUCUACCAAAGAGGUCGAGACUAUGCGAAGCACAAUAAGCAUUCUCUCAAUAGAUACAGAAAAUUAAUGACGUAUUCGAUGAUAGACUAAUUAGCCCAAGCGUUGAUUAUGGAAUAAUUUGUCAACAGUGCAGUGAUGUUUUGAUAUGAAGAAACAUAAACUUUUUAAAUACCUUUGUUGAUUAGAUCGCAAUACAAGUCAGUACGUAAAGAAUUAUAUAUAUCAUAACCAAGGUCGUAAACCUCACAUGCUUGCAGAACCAUGUGCUCUCAACUAAUUCAGAUAAGCUUCCGUAUUAACAAGUAAUUCAGGCUAUAAUUCAUACUCUGGUAACGGAGACCUCUUUCGAUUUAUGAAAUUGAUAAACUUAGAAUCUAUACCCACAUCAAUACGCAAAGUGAUCCUGAGGUAAAAAGAAAAUUUUUUUUUACAGUGGAAGUAACUACUUCAUGAAUUGUAGUAUCUCGAAUUUACCGCAAAAUCGACGAAGGUGAAUGAGAAGACUGACCAAAAUCAGGUUAGGAAAGGUUAGAAAAGUGUUGUCAAAUUUUCAGAAAAUUCGCUGCUUUUAAUUUCAAGAAAGAUCUCAGCGAACACGAUGAAAAAUGAGCGAAGAAGUGGGAAUUGUGGCUAUUGGAUAAUUUCGCUCCUAAGUCCUGAAAACCUUUGAGGGAGGAGGAAGGAAAUUCGCAGGAGCUUGUCUCUGAGAUGUGCGGGAAUAACGGAAGUAUGAUGAUCAACGCUCUGUCCCUGCUGUUAUUACUCCUGUUCUUAGGUACCAACGUCGUCUGCCUGAGCCUGAGGGAAUCCAGGAUAGUAGAAGUAGGAGGGGGAGGAGGAGGAGGAGUCGUGGGCAACAGCGGCCGUGUCAUUUCCUCGCACAUCCCGACAGGCCUCGGCAGAAGCUCGAGCUUCACCGCCAACAAGAUGACGAACGUCAAGGGAAUGGCCACUGACCUGGGAGACAAGCACUUGCAGCUCUACGGGGUCGAGGUGCCCGUCUACAAGUUCCGGGGCGAGGAUGCCCAGCUCGAGUGCAAGUACGACAGGGGCAACGACCCCCUGUACUCCGUCAAGUGGUACAAGGACGAUGACGAAUUCUACAGAUAUCUGUUCAGACAAAAGUCACCGAAGCAGACCUUUAUUGUGCCUGGCGUUGUCGUUGAUAUCCACAGGUCGAACGAGCGUCGAGUGCUCCUCAAGGAUCUGACCUUCAACUCGACCGGAGUUUACAGGUGCGAGGUCUCCGCCGAUUCGCCGCACUUCCACACCUACACCAAUCAGAGUGUCAUGGUCGUCGUGGAGCUUCCCGAGAGAGGCCCCACAAUCAGCGGCGGUCGCCUCCACUAUAGAGUCGGCGACAUAGUUAGGCUGAACUGCACCUCUUCCAGAAGCAAACCAGCCGCUACUUUAACCUGGUCUAUAAACGGUAUUCCCGCCUCGCAAAAUCACUUAGUACCGUAUUUUCCUUGGAUACAUGAAGAUGGUUUGGAAAGCCGUCGUUUAGGAUUGCAUUUUAAGGUGGAUAAAGACCAUUUCCUCAAGGACGUGCUCGUCCUGAAGUGCCAGGCGACGGUAGCGGCCAUUUACUCGGCGGUGGAGGAGGAGGACGCGACUGUUUACGAGAACGACCCUUUGAUUCUGGAGCAACGGGAGGAUUUACUCACAGCCAGGAGCGCCGUCGCUGCAGUCCUGCCAACCUUCGCGAUCCUCGUGGUGUUGGCAAUACUGGUGGGAGAGCAGGCGGUCACGUGACUCUUCACCCAGGAUAUCAAAUCCCUUCCUCCCCUCGAAUGCAAGCAUGAGGUUAAAUGUUGUCGUAGAGUCUUAAAGUCUAGGUUAUCCAUGUUAUCCAAUCAAGAGUGAUCUUGAUUAAAUAAAUAUUUAUGGUUGUUUCUGUUGAUAUGGAACGUACAGAAGUGAUUUGUAGAUAGAAAGGGUAAACCGAAACUGUUGUAGAACGGUCUUGCCAUCAAAAUGUUAUUGCUUUUGUUGUCGAAGUGACAGUAAUACUACUUCCUCUUGGAGAACUGUGUGCAAUCAGUUGAUAGUUAUGUCUGUGGAAGUGUUAUAAUAACAAAUAAGAUACGAACACUCUCUCUCUCUCUCUCUCUCUCUCUCUCUCUCCCUUCCUUUCUGACACACACACAUACACAC